AUGCGCGCCUUCCCGAAAACCGCUGCCCGUGACGAUCCUCACGUGACCAUCCCCGUUUUCUGCCGCGCGCUUUUUCGAGCAUUUACAAGCAUUCAUCUUUCACGCAUCAUUGAGCUCAUUGGAGCCGAGGCUUUUGGGAAAGGGCAUCUUCAUGACGACAUUCAUGGAUGUCAUCCGCUCUCAAUCAUGCCCGAACCACAUUAUGACCGCGAUGUUCGAUGUGCCCUUCAACCCUCUCGCCCCCGACAUUACUUCCAAUCCUAUACGCUCCUCCAUACCUCCACAACACCCGUCCGGUCCGAGAUUCAAGAUGGCUCUCCUCCGGCUACGGCAUAUAAAAAACAAUCAAAACCGUCGAAAUCGGGACCGAAACCGAAACCCACACCCUCCGAAUACCUCACGAAAAGUCUUCAAAGAACCGGCCUUACCAUAGGUACCGGCGAGCGGUCGAUGUGGGCGGUCGAUCUGUCGUAUGUGAAUCCUGACCGAAAGGCUCCAAGACGCGUUCUUCAGAGACACCGAGGUCCAAAAAAGACGUAUGGUCGACCAGAUCGACCGUCGCUCCAAACAAUUCUGGGUGAAUACAUUCGACUGGUGGAGCCGUCUCUCUCAAACACCUCGGGCAUAUUUGAAGGGGACGACUUCAAUUCUGUCCUCGCCGAAGUCUUUCGUACGGACAGCCAACGGUAUCUGACCGAACGAGGCUAUGAUGUCGAAGACGUUGUCUCUUGGGCAUGGAUCAUGAAAAGUCAAACUCACCACCGGGCAGUUUCUCGAAUGUUUGCAUUGGAAGCUGACUCCAAAAUAAGUCGUGUUCCCACUUUCAUUCCUCUCUUCCUCUUAAAGGAGCCUUAUCUGGAUGCCCAGUCGUUUCGAUUACUUCUAAUUUAUUCCCUACAUCUCAUGAGUGGUCAGCCGUUCCCAACUUUGGAUGCACUCCACAAGAACUUUGAUACCCAUUCAGACCAGCCUUCCCCCGAAGCUCGGUCUGCAAUCGACCGAAGCACAUGCAUGAUCCUUGUCGUUCGAUUGAUCCGACAUGCCCGGCAGGUUUGGCCUGAAGCACUGCCCAUCAUUGCCCGUUCGUUCUCUCGAUUCCUGACUGCCGGCCCGGUUAAAGAGGGCGGGCCCUUGAGCCUGACCGAGCAUAAAACCGAUGGCUUCAGAACAGCCAAAUUCAACAGCUGUCUUGAGUUACUAUCGCUUCCUACAAAAAUCCAUCCAUUCCGAGCAUCAAACAUCCAGCAAGAAGCGCAAUUCGAGCUGCUUAGAGCUAUGGCGACACACAAGCCAGUCCUGCCCCUUACCCGAAAGGGUUAUCGAGCAGUCAUUGCUGUUCAGAUGGCUCAUAAGAAGACAACCGAGGAGCGCCAGUCUGCUGAGCUAAAGGCGCCCUCGUGGCCGCCUUGGAAAGAAGCAAAAUUGGGCAUUGAUGCGCAACGGGGCAACGAAGGAAUUAUCAGCCGUGCAAUGAAUGUGCUUUCACAAAUGAAAGAGGCUGGAUACUCCCACCAGACUUGGGAACAAAUGUGUUCUGUUCUGGCUGGCUGGGAUACAGAUGGUAGCCCGACCGUCCAGACAAGAAGUCUGGUGCAUCGGACCGGGUAUUUGCCUCGUGAGCGCGGCGUGGACCCCAAUCAUUACGCAAUUUGGGUGGCACGUAUUCGUGCUACGAGAACUGUUCGAGAAGCAUGGGCUUGCUUUUUGGCUUACCGCGACCAAAAUCUUCCCCCCAAAGCUGCCAUAUAUGUUGCGAUGGCCGAGAAAUUGAUAUAUCGGGAAAAAGCUGUCCAGAGAGGAUCUGAUCACAAGAGCUCUGCUCUGCCAGGUGAUGGUCGUGAGGUUCACCCUGAACCGGCGUCUGCUCGAGAUCUCAUCUACGUGAAAACAGAGCCACCAUCCUCACAGGAAUUUCUUGAUCAGAUGUUAUCGGAUGGAUUCCGUCCAUCUGGGAGAUUCCUGGCUUUGCUUCUCGAGUCAACUUCCAACUUCCGCCUUGGUCUGAGAUAUCUGCAAUACAGUGACUUGACUGACUUGCAGAUCACGGCACUGUGCACCCCAUGGUAUCAGGACUCGUUAAAUCAAGCUGAUCAUAUCAAGGCCCUCCAAUCGUUGCCAGAUUUCGUCUUCGCCUCCUUCAUCAAGCUCCUUUGCUCGUCUUUCUUUGUGAAAGCCAAAACUGUUGCCCCACGCACGCCACUGCUCUAUCAUUUCCCCGUUCUUAUGGCUGGCAAGCAAAAUCCCGGGCCUAUAUCUGAUGUUCUUGGCCUCAACGAAGAGUUUGAGGAAUCUUGCCAACCAAAGUCUUUGUGGCAUGCCGUUCAACUGGUCAAGCUGUUGAAGCCAGCCUGCCACCAGGCCUGGUCCCAUAUUCUCAAUACUUUAAGCCAAAAGUCAACUUCUCGAAGGACAUGGAUUCGAAGCUGCCUCUCAGGGACCCUACGGGAUCAAGAUCUUUACCGGAUCCUUGUAUGGCAGGAAGUGCUUGUGGUCUUGAGAUCGAUGAAAGCUCGUAAGCUCGACCUCUGCAUGAAUAAUUUUCAGUUUCUAUGCCUGGCAUUCAAACGGGCGGUUGAUGCUGGAACGCACCAUCAUGGCCUUGUCGAGGAGGCAUCUCGACUCAUACACAAACCUAGCCUUGCCCGGAUCAACUCCGAUGGACAGGAGCCUUUUGAUGCCAUGGUUGCAAAUGGACUCGAGGUUCUCAAAUCGCAAUUCGAUGGCCUAGUCCUUCCGGCGUCGAAAACAUCAGCGCUGGCAGAGCGGAGUAUCUUCACUACGGACUCAGAGGCUCAUGUACUUUCCGGACUGCACGUACCAUCCUAUGCGACGCUGCAUAGCUUUGUGCGAGUCCUUGGGCUCGUAGGAGACGACGAAGGCUUGCUAUACCUGUUGCGAUGGAUGAAUCAGUCGGCUACUCGACUCAAUGAAGUCGCAGAUGAGGAAUUAAACGGCGAAGCAAUGAAGCAUCAGACCUUUACGGCGAUCCGGGUAUUCCUGGAGAAGCUGCAUCGUCCGGAUGAUGCUCGGGUAGCAUCGGAUCGCCAGGUGCAAGAGGCAUACAACCUCAUUAGCCAGACUCCUGGCUGGGAAUGGCCUAGCGAUGAAGACGUUGAAAGAUAUCUUGAAUAA